AUGGCAGGGCACCGCUUCAGCAAGACACAGAUGAACAACUCGCUCAUGGAGUGGUUUGGAUCGCAAACAAUCUAUGUGCUGCCUCUUUGUCUCGUGAUUUGUCUUCUGCUCGUGGUCCACCGCUCCAAGGGUCACGCCUCGCCGUCAGACGCCGAACGCGGCACUUCCAGGCUCAGCGCCAAAGAACAAGGACAAGAUCUAGAUCCAGCUCCGGCCGUGCAGAAGAACCCUGACUCGGAGCCCACCUAUCUGUACCCGUAUCCCUACUCGACAUUCGCUGCUCAGCAAGCACGCCUUCCCGACCGUGUCGAUUCGAGGUAUGAUGUGAUGAGCUCAACCCCAUUCACCACUGGCAGUGUAUAUCUGGCAGCCAAGGCAGAGACCCAAACCGGAGACAAGGCCGAGCCCGAGCCCGAGCAUGCACAUGCAUAUGCACCGCACCGCUCAGAUGAUGUGCUGGCGGAAUCUCCAAGCCUGAGACGAAAGAUGACCAGGGAGGAGAACGACCAGGAGGACCACACAGACCAGCAAGCAUGUUACAGACGAGCGUCAUAUCCGCAGGCCGAAGGGCAACGAGGAGGAGCCCUCCAUCGUGAUUCGAAGCACGACGAGACCGAAACCUUUCUGCACCAUCAUGACCCAGAUGUCGUUUGGAGGCGCCGGACCAUGAUCUUCCUUGCGGGAGCCUAG